ACCUGCCAAGGAAGAAACCGACGACGCGGAGGCCAUCAGCGCUGGCGGAACUGCGGACGAGCAACCGACGACGUACGCAGCCCUGGAAGCGACGAGACAGACCCACGCAUUAGGCAUGUCGGACGAGCCCAUGGACCACCACCCCUCGAGUGGCAUCGCGACGCAGCAUUCCGAGUCCAAGGUCGCGCCCGAGCCGCCGAGUUCCAUGGACAGCAACAGCCUCGCGCUCGAAGUACUGGCCUCGCAGAUGAACCACAUUGCGCCAAGUAACGAGAACGACCCAAGGAACGGCCAUGUCGCCAAGGUGCUUCCAACGCAGCUCGCCGACUUGACCGAGAUGCAGUUUCUGCGCGCCAAGGUCGCGCAGCAAGAAGACACGUUGAAGCACCUCUUGCACAACGAGCGGGUCGUGCACGACCAGCUCCAGCAGAUGCAAAGCUGCAUUUUGUCGCUGCGCCAGGACCUUUGUCGCGUCUUGGGCCUCGCCGAAGCAACAUCAGUGACCAACGACGACGACGAGUUUACAAGCGGGAGCGCGUUGACGGCCGCCAACAUCCACGACCAUGACAGCGACGGCCCGGACGACGAUUACGGGCCGCCGGAAUCGUACUUGACACCGUCUGUGCCGCCAUUGCACCACCAGUCGUCGUACCCACGGUCAUCUGCGUCCACGUCGCCAACAUCGUCGCCGACGUCCAGCAUCGCCUCGUCCAAGCAGAGCGCCAAGACCAAGACAGGGGGCAUCGUCAAGCUCGCUUUGGACCGGAAGCGGUCGUUCAACGGCCUUAACUACGACCCUGCCAUCUCGGCCGUGCUCUUGCCGUCCGAAGGGCCGUCCAAGCACGUCAAGCGCGAGCCCAAACCCAGCACGAACGACGGCUACGACAACGAGAACGACCGCGACUCGAACGUCUCGUCGCCGCGGAAGCGCGGCAAGUUUAGCAACAAGCUCGGGAAGCGCCCGUGGUCGGCGCUCGAAGACCAGGAGCUGGCCAUCGCGGUUCAGACGUCGGGCGCGAGCGACUGGUCGGCCAUCUCGCUCCUCUUGCCGGGCCGGUGCGGAAAGCAGUGCCGCGAGCGAUGGGUCAACCACUUGAGCCCGAGCGUCAACAAGGAGGCGUGGACCGAAGAGGAAGACGACUUGAUCUUCAAGACGCGCGACCGGAUCGGGAACCACUGGGCCGACAUUGCGCGGCUUUUGCCGGGCCGCACCGACAAUGCCGUCAAGAACCGCUUCUACUCGACGAUGCGUCGCCGCCUGCGCCAGCAACGCGCGAGUGCGCGGCAGAAAUCCUCGAAAGACGACGAAAAGAAAGAGCCCGAUGGCCCGUCGUAGGUCGACCUCGCUGCUAUCUCCCCCUUUUGCUUACUAGUGUCGUUGUUGUACUAAUUCUACUACUACCAUCG